CCCUAGCUGGCACUGAAUUGCAGCUGCACUGGCUGUGCAUGAUAUGGCUGCUGUCAAUGAAGGCAGUUGUAUGCAGAGCACUGCUGGGCUGCCGGCUGCAGUUACCAAAGGGCACAAUGCAGUAUUUUGGUGAUAUCUGAAGAUGCAGACAGAUGUUGGGAAGACAAAGUGACCACACUGAGCAAAGCACAAGAACAAAGGCAAAGCUGACAAAAGGUAGACCAACACCUUCUGAAGUUUUAUGCAUGCUGCGUUUUCUCUUCUUGCUGCAACAAGAAAAGCCUUUGUUUUCCAACCUGGCAGCCUUUGAAGAAGUGACUCAGACAUCUUCAUGGCCUCUAAAGAUGUCCAGAACCAAAGAAGAGGUCUGCCUCGUUUCCUUCCUGGAGCUCCAGACCCAGACCAAAGCCUUCCUGCCUCAUCUUCCAAUUCAGCGACCCAAGCAUGGCCACCGAGCCUCCCUCUGCCAAACAGUUUUCUGCCAACAUUAGACCUGAUUAUUAUACACCAGCAGGUGGAGCUGCUUGGAAUGAUACUUGGUACUGAGACCUCCAACAAAUAUGAGAUUAAAAACAACUUAGGACAAAGAAUUUACUUUGCAGUGGAGGAAAGCAUCUGCUUCAAUCGUACUUUCUGUUCCACUCUGCGAUCUUGCACCCUGAGGAUCACAGAUAACUCAGGUCGAGAGGUCAUUACAGUGAACAGGCCCUUGAGAUGCAACAGCUGCUGGUGCCCUUGCUACCUACAAGAGUUAGAAAUCCAAGCCCCUCCUGGUACAAUAGUUGGUUAUGUUGCACAGAAGUGGGACCCCUUUCUGCCUAAAUUCACAAUCCAAAAUGCAAACAAAGAAGAUAUUUUGAAAAUUGUUGGUCCUUGUGCAACAUGUGGCUGUUUUGGCGAUGUGGAUUUUGAGGUGAAAACCAUUAAUGAAAAGCUUACAAUUGGGAAGAUUUCAAAGUACUGGUCAGGAUUUGUAAAUAAUGUCUUCACAAAUGCUGACAAUUUCGGAAUUCAUGUUCCUGCAGAUCUAGAUGUAACAGUCAAAGCAGCAAUGAUUGGUGCCUGUUUCCUCUUUGAUUUUAUGUUCUUUGAACAUUCACUGGCUGGAUUAUAACAAGCAAGAUAAUGAAAACAAUAAAAUAUGCAGAACAUAUUUCAAAUUCUUUAGAGUAUUUCAAAGCACUUCCACACAUAUAAAUGGCCUGCCUUGAACCUCACAAGAAAACAGAAGGUUUCAAUUUUACAUAACAUCAGAGAUGACCAGGUACAACAUCAAUAUAUUGAAGACUUAGAAAAUGAGAAAUAUAAAAAUUAAAUUAUUUUACUUUGUGCCUACAAGUCUUUUUACUAUACAAAAGUAUAGGUAAAAAGACUAUACAUAAAUAUAUAAAAUAC